UUUUGCUUCUGUGCUUUUAAAUAGUUUCUUUGUAAGGGUGAGAAUAAAAAAAAAAAAAAAUCAGAAAAUAGAUGAUGAGAUUACUUCAGUGUUAGCUUUGCCUAUGGAGUUAUGGAACAUGGAUAUUUUGAGUUAUCCUUCUUAUUUUUUAAUGAUUGCUUCUAGGAAAUAUAUACAAUUGUCUUCUCCUGUGUCAUAUUUGUUUUAUUGUUGUGUUAGGUUGUUAGUAUAGGACUUAGUAUAUAAUAACAUUUUGGUUAUGUUAUUAUAGUGGUAUUUUGUCAUUAAUUGUAUGCACUGAUUUGUUUUUCUUUUGGGUUGAUACCAAUUAUCUAGGUAAUUGGUAAUCACGUUGUCUCUUGGUCUAAACUACUAGGGCUGACUUGGGCUAAAAGGCCUAUUCGAACCCAAAUUCAAGUUUUGGACAAUUGCCUACAGCCCUUUUAUGAUAAGUAAUAAAAUUAUAUUAAAGCAUAGGAACCUCCUCAUGUAUAUAUAUGGUGUAUAGAAUGGUGAAGAAGAAUACAUGUGGUCAAUCUCGAUUAAUAUAUGAUUAAGAUAUGCUUGCUUACAAAUUAUAUGCUUUCAUCAGGCACCAUAUCGUUGUGCCAUUGUUUCUGAGAUGAAUUAGGCUAGUAGCUUAAAUUUCUGAUUAAGAUCUUCUAGUGGAUGCUAUACUAAAAGAGCACAAAUUCUGAAAUAUCGAGAAGUUCUUCCUGACAUCUCAUGAUGUCAUAUGUGUAUAUAUAUAUAUAUAUAUUUUUUUUUUUUUUCCUGUGUCCUGCAUUUUUUAGUGAAGGUUAUUUUUCUAGGAUAGAAUGUAAAGUCUUUAUUUCUUGUUUUACAACCUUUAUGGAUAGUAUGCUUGUGAUCUUUUAAUUGAGGAAGCCGGUUGGUUUGAUCAAUGCAAAUUUAUUGAAAGGAGUUGGUUUUAUGUCAGAUCCUCUUUUGGCCGAUUCUUCUUCAACAAUCCUGACUGCGUCUUGUUUGAUAUUUAUUGGGUCCUUGUCCUUUUGGCUGGUUGGCCGUUCUUGACUGAUUGGGAGUGGAGAAAUGUUUGAAUUUCCAAAGAACUAAUUCUGUUCUAUCUUUUGUUAUGUGAUAAUUUUUCGUCUAGAAUUGGGAACUUAAUAUCCUCUAUUUUCAAUUGUAGCCAGUUUGUAAAAUGAAUGUGUUGCGGUGAUAGCUAGGCUGUACUUCAACAAGUUUGUUCUUAAUAUUACUGACAAUAAUAAUGAAGAUAAAUUUUGGUUGCUUACCUGCUUAUAGUCUUGAUAUUCUGCUUAUACCACUUGACAGAUUGUUUUAUUGUAAUUUCAGUUCAGCUCAACUUGACAAAGUCUUAAUCCCAACUAAUUCAUGGUUGACUAUAUGUAUCUUUCCCUAUCAUUAUAUCGUAUCAAAGGUUAUAUUCUCUUGUUAACCUAAGUUGAAUCACUCUCUCAUUUGUGCUAGGAUUCUCAUUCAUGCAUUGUGAGCUGUGACUAAGUUUUAUGCUAGCUAUCAAUUUACAGCACCCACCACAGGCAGCUUGUGUUCUAUUUAAUUAGGGGUCACGGUUGUAAUUGCCGAUCAGGUUUUUAAUAUAAACUCUUUCAGUUAAAUUUUUCUUCUUUUUUCCUGUUUUUAUUACAAAUAUGUCAUCUUGGUUCAUCAAUUGUCAGCCCAAUUAUGGAUUGCCUUCUACACUUCAACAUAAGAUAGCUAUUUAUUUCAAGGAUUAGUUAGUUUUUCAAGUUUUCCAGAUAUCCUAACUUCACUACACAAACUUAAAAAUGAUGGCUAACACUGUUUGAUGAAAGUCAGAUGAGAUUGGUAUGGUACAGGUACAUUUAACUUUUUUUUUUGAGGUAAACAAUCUUGGUAUAAGUAUAACUCAUUAGCCUUUUAUGUUUGUUCUAUUUUGGUACUUUUUAGUUAAAACUAUUGUUGCCUUGUGGUGUAUUGAUUUCAAUUUCUUGGAGGCCAAUUAUUUAGGAUCCCUGGACAAUUCAAAUAUUUUUUGAUUGUUAUGCAAUCACUUAAAGCCAUUUUUUGAAAGAGGUUUGUAUUUAUUAUAUCCCUUUUGUAAAUUAACCUUUUUCUUAUUAAUUAUUUUAAAGUUGUCCUGGAGAGAUAUGUUCUUUAUGUUGUAUCCUGUUGCAGUAUCUAAAUUUACUUUCGUUAUAAUACUUUUUUUGAUAUGCAAUUAAACUUUGGUUGUUAAUUUGUUGGGACUAAUCUUCUAGACAUUUUAAAUCCCAUUUACUAUUAUAUAGUGGUAUGCUUGAAUAAAGUAUUCAUAGAUGAUUAAUGUUACAAUUUAAAUCCCAUGUUGAAUUGACCACAAUGUUUUUAAUCAUACUAUUGGCUUGUCACAAUUUUUGAAUCCUUUUAAUUUUGCUGAUCGCUUGACAAGUUGGCUUUUUGACGAAAGUGCAUUUCCAACUUUUCCAUCUUUGUGUCAAAUGGUUCUUUUGGAAGGAAAGGAAUUACCGGACAUUCAAAGGCACUGAACAACCUAUGGUGGUAGUGAAGUUGAUUUUUCUGUGCACUUUGUACAAUUGGAUGGCUACUAUGGGUGGUCUUGCUAAUGAUGAUAAUUAUCAUGCAUUUUGUCAUCUGCUUGGCCGCUUUAAAGUGAAUUAUCAGGUACAAAAUUCAUUUUCAAAAGACACAGAAUUUGCUUUUAUAUUCCUUCCCUCUCUUCUUUGCUUCAAAAUGGCGGACAGAAGGGGUAGCAGGAAGACACCACUGAGCCUCAACCAUUACUGUCUUCUCCAAGACCUCUCCGCUCCUCCAAGCACUCUUUCGACGAUGAUGGUAUUCCCCAAUUCUCAGGGAUCACUGAUUUUGAUUCUCCUCCACAUGUUACUUCUCUCUUUCUCUCUCCUCACUUCUUUUUUCCAUCAAUAUUUUUGAAAUGUUUUAGAAGAAAUGUUGAGUACUUUACUGUAUUGAAUUAGGAGAAGCGAAGCCAUCAAUUAUCAACAAAGACAAUGAUAAUAUUCCCGAUGGUUCUGAUUCUCUGCUUGGUAUUUCUUUAUUUUCCCCAUUUAUAUCUUGUACGCCAUGUGUAUGUAUAAAUUUCUGUAUGAAUGGCAGUGUUUUUGUUGUUUUAUUAUGUGGUUGAUUUUUAUUUUUAUUGAGCGGGUUUGUAGAGUAAAGAGACUGUUUAGAUGUUUAUAGAAUUUGCUGGUGAGAUUAGUUUUCUUCCUGGAGUGUUUGGCUAUUGAUGUGGAGAUUUUAACUUGAAUAAUAUCCCGUAUCUCAUCAUAAAUGAAAUGAACAUUUACUG